CCGGACGAGGUGAAUUCUGAAUUUUGGGAAUUGAGUUCGACAUCCGGUUACUUUCUUUCCUCUCGUUGGCUUUAGGACGCACGAGGUAUUCAUCAUGUCGUCCCACUUGAAUUGGAUGAUAAUCCGCAAUAAUAAUGCUUUUCUACUCAAGAAGAGGAACAUCAGCAAGCCCUUUUCCACGGAGUCGAGCAAUCUGACAAAUCUCAGCAGCUACCGUUACUCUGGACUGGUUCACCGUAAAACACUGGGAGUUGUUGACACUCCGGACAAAAAGGGUUUUACUGUCGUCUACAAGAAGGGAAAGGUCGCCAACAAGCCAGCAAAAGCUACUAUCAAGCGUACCAUGAAGGCUGGAGCACGUCGUUCCCUGUGGAAACUGAAGAACCUUAUCUCAUCCACCAAAUACAGGCGUGAUCUCACCAAGGCUGCUCUUCGUCGUGCCAGUGCAGUCCUCAGAUCCCAGAAGCCUCUCCCAGCUAAGAAGACACGUGCUGCGAAAAAAGCUGAUUAACGCCUGAAUUUUGUCUAAUAAAAAUAUUCUAAAGCCA